GCGAUUUACAUGCGCGCGGACGAGGCCGCAAAUACAAUCAAGAAUCAUGCCUAAACGAUCACUGUCGCCCGCACCUCUACCACCACCCAAGAGAAUACACACUGCUACCGAGGACCACCCUCACGCUGUCUUUGAAUCCAGGCCGUUCGACACUAUCCUUUCCGAUGAGAUAGUCCUCUUUGUUUUCCAUUAUCUCUCUUCUUCGGAUCUGUGUGCAGUGCAGCGCACGAACAAAAACUGGGCUCGGCUAUCCUUGGACAACCAGGUGUGUAUAUCUAUAUCUAGGAACGGCGGGCUGACGGCAGUACAGCUAUGGAAGUCAUUGUACAUCAACGAGUACGGACGAACCCGACUACGUGGUGGAAGAGGCUUCAUAGGAAGGGGGGACGGUAGGGAGAUUAAGCCCUUGCCUGGUAGAAGCGCGAUACCCGAGGAGGUGAAGGACUGGAAGUGGAUGUUUCGCAUCAGUUCAAACUGGCGGACAGGUCGAUGCUCCUUGGAGCACUAUGAGUUAGGCACAUCUGCCCGACUAUUCGCACAUGCGCAAGCACCCGACCAGACCCAUCUCCUCCUAGCAGGCAACUUGGCCAUCAUGGCUUCCUCCGAGGCAAAUCGUGUCCCAGCCAUAUUGCUCUCAUCGCCAGCGCACGAGCCGCACACCCUUCACUGUCCUUCUAGUCGACCUGCCACCACCACUCGUAUCACCGCCCUCGCCUUAGACCAAGCCCCACCUACCACCGGUCACCACGGGAGGCUUAUAUGCUUCCUCGCAACUGGAGAGUUCUCGCUUUACAGUAUCAACCAUCAGACGCCAUCAUCGUCUUCGCGCGUGCUUACCUAUCAGCCGUCAAGACAGAGCUCUCGUACCACUCCCAUCGUCCAGGCUGUCUAUCAUCAUCCGCUCCUCGUAACGCUAUCGCAGUCAUUUAACCUCUCACUCUACGACCUCUCCUCCAAUUCCGUACAGCAUACACAAACAUUGACGUCCUUCACGUCCUUCCCUCCGAGCUCGCUCGUCCUGUCCUGCCAAUCCCCUUCUGCCUAUAGGCUCAUACUCGCUUACGCCACCCCAGUAUACCCUGUACAUUGGUCAGUGGGCGCAACCGAACUCCUUAUCUCUGGCUCAGACGACUCGCGGAUGACCGUCACGAACACGCGCACUACACGCACUAUGGACGUUCCUCAAGGCUGGGUGGACGAGAGUAGGAUGCGCGCCGUACGGGAACAAUGGGGCCGCAAGGUCGCGCGUGUUGCGGAUACGCAGACGGACGGGAAGUGGGUCAUCCUCGCACCUGGUCAGCUUCUCUCGACGAUCCCGGGCCCGUCAACCCCAUCUGCAGGUGGCUCCUCCUCGACCACACCUCCCCCCUCCCCCGCAGCGAGCUCGACGUACACCUCUUCGAGUCUGCACACAGCCUCCGGACUCCAACUGUACCGUCUCUACCUCCCCUCCUCCUCGUCCAGCUCGUCCUCUCCGAAGCUCACGUACGUACGCACGCUCCACGGACAAAUCGGACCCGUGUCGACGCUCGCCCUCGCGGACGGGCGGUGCGUCAGCCUCGGGAUGAACGGCAGCCUGUGGGUGUGGGAUCUCGAAGCCGGGACAGGGACGGAGGUUUCCCCCGGGAUCACCGGUCCCCAGGACACAGAAGGCGACGGCGAAGAGAACGAUCCGUUCGAGACGGUCAAAGUGCGCGUGGCCGUUGGCGCGCGGGGGUCCGUCGUCUUCGAUGACAGGAGGAUCGUGAGCUCCCACGGCGCGGAGGUGGAAGUCAGGCGAUUUGACAUUUAGUUCCUCCGGGGAUGUUCGUGCUUAUCCGUUAUCCUUAUACUCUUCGUCUGCUUUGGAUCUGUAUUACAGGUUGUACCUAUAGAUGUUCCAUUCCC